CAUAGGCGCUUUCUACCUCCUGACCAUGAGUUCAGAACCGAAGCCAAUUCAUUUAGAAAGGAUACAAUAGUGCUUGAGGGGCCACCAAGGCGUUUGACAGGGGAGGAAGUGCGAGCUCACAUGGUUGCAAAUGUAUAUGACACAGAUAACUAUAAUAAAUUGCACAACUGGACCCACAUAAGCUGCUUUUGGGAUCUUCCAUACUUUGAUAAACUGAAGCUUAGGCACAACAUCGAUGUGAUGCACAAUGAGAAAAAUGUAGCAGAAGCUAUAUGGAACACAUGCUUUGACAUUCCUAAUAAAACUAAAGAUAAUGUGAAGGCAAGAAAAGAUCUAGAAGAAAUAUGCCAUCGCCCUAAGCAGCAUUUGCAUUUGAAGGACAAUGGGAAGUGGUUCAAGCCAAGGGCACCAUUUGUCAUUGAGAAAGAUGAUAGGUUAACCAUUCUUAAAUGGUUUAAAGAGCUGAAAUUUACCGAUGGAUAUGCAGCGGGUUUUAAAAGAGGAGUUAGCUUCCAGCAAAGGAAGAUUUUUGGGCUUAAAAGUCAUGAUUACCAUAUCUUCAUGGAACGGCUGCUACCAGUUGCAUUUCGUGGCUUCAUUCCGGAGAAUAUAUGGUUAUGUUUGGCCGAGCUAAGCUUUUUCUAUAGGCAGCUAUGUGCAAAAGAACUUAGCAAAGAUGUUGUGAGCUCCCUAGAAAAGAAUGCUGCGGUGCUUGUAUGCAAACUGGAGAAGAUAUUCCCUCCUGGUUUCUUUAAUUCAAUGCAACAUCUAAUUGUACAUCUUCCCUAUCAAGCUCGACUAGGAGGCCCUGUCUUAGCCCGAUGGAUGUAUAACUAUGAGAGAUGCAUAGGUAAACUUAAGACAAAAGUGCGCAAUAAGGCUCGAGUUGAGGGCUCCAUUGUUGAGGCUUAUCUCGUUGAGGAGUCAACUAAUUUCCUGUCUUUGUAUUUUAAUCCUAAAGUACGGUCAGUUAGAAACAAGGCACCUCGGUAUGAUGAUGGGGCCUCUACAUUUGAAUCUGCAUGUGACCUUGAGAUAUUUAAAUGCCCUGGCCGAUGCAUGAGCCCUCAAGGAUACCGUGAGCUCAAUAACGACGAAUACAAGGCUGCUUUCUUGUACAUAUUGACAAACAUGCCUGAAAUGGAUGAUCUUUUCAAGGAGUUUGAUAAUGAGCAGUGGAAGAGCCCUCGAGUUGUUCCAACACCGAAACAACUCCGUGAGUUAAGACUGAAUGGCUGGAAAUCAGGACCUGCUAGAUGUCAUGGACCUAAUUUUUUUGACUGGUUUAAAACUAAAUGCAUGAAGUCACCUAGCAUUCACAAUGCUUUACGCCAAAUGUCUUAUGGUUUUCGCACAAGAGUUGCUACUUAUGGCUGUUAUGAUGUGAAUGGGUAUAGGUUUCGGUCAGAGAAGUAUGAGAGGAAGAAAUCUGAAUUAACUACAGUCAAUAGUGGGGUUUGUGUUACUUCACUUGAUGAAGAUGACAACCAAUUCGAUUAUUAUGGUGUAAUUGAAGAUAUAAUUAAAAUAACUUGGGAAGGUAGAAUGAAACUAGAGCUAGUCUUAUUUGAUUGCCGCUGGUUUGAUCCAACUUCAGCUGGGGUAAGGAGAACUGAAAAUUUGGGAUUGGUAGAGAUAAAUCACACCUCCAAACUCUCAAAUUUUGAUCCAUUUGUUAUGGCUGGUCAAGUUAGUCAAGUAUACUACUUGUCUUACCCAUGUAAGACUAGAAGAGAUCUAUUGGACUGGUCGGUGGUAUUUCGAGUUCCUCCACGGGGCUAUGUUCCUCCAAUGGCCAGAAACAACCUUCCACAAGAACCAACACACGGUGUCUUAUUCUAUCAAGAGGAUGGGUUGGAAGGCACUUUUACUAUUGAUAUAGGACUUGGCUUAGAAAACAUGGACUCAUUUGCAUCGGAUGAGAUUACUGAUCCAAAAGAGAUAGAACAUUUGGAGAAGCUAUCUGCUGCUAUCCAAGAAGAUGAAGAUGAAGAAGGGGAGGAAGAAGAUGAAGAGGAUGAAGAAGAUGAAGAUGAAGAGGAAGAGGAGGAAGAAUAUGACGAAGAUGAAGAACUUCAAUCCCCAACCUAUGAUCCAAAUGAUUUCUAAUGUUGUGCUGGUUUAGUUUUAGUGUUCUAUGGUAGUUUGUGUUAUUUUGAGAUGACUGGACUUCGUCAUGUCCGUGCCAGGAGCGGAUCAGGCAACAAUAACUCACAAAGGACAAUUUCUGGCAGCACUAACUCUACCAACCUUUUGUCCCAAAAGAGUAAUGUGAACUCAUCUCACCCUUCAUCUGAGAAGCGUAGAGGAAGACGCAUGAGAGCUACUGUUGAAUUAAGAGUGCCUCCACGUGGUCGCAAAGUUGGCCUUCAACCUAAAGGUGAAAGGCAAUUUAAGUAUGUACCCUAUCAUCCCAAGAACUACAAGUACACUACACAACUUGGAGUUCUUCUCAAACGUGAAUACCCAGGAAAAAUAGAAGAAAAAAAUGAUGAUGGUGUCAUCACUAAUACGCGCCCGGCUUUGGAGUGGUACGAUUACUAUCAUGAUUCGACCCUAGAUUUUCAGCAACGGACAGCCGCAGAUCGUGUGAAGGAAGAG